GGCUCGCGCCAAGCUGAAAAUCCGGAGCUUGCCGAAAGCCAAGUCCGAUGGACCGACCUCCCCGAGAACCGCCUCCAAGGCGGACGCCAUGCGGGACAUGUAUGGCUUCACGCUCCAGAGCCAGUACACGGACAUCUACAAGACAUUCGCACGGAUUUACCAGGUGGAGGAGGAGGAGCGGUCAGACCGGUGGGACAAGUUCCUGCAGCACUGCGACCUCUCCUUGCGCGCACCUUCCUCCUCCUCCGCCCACACCGCCACAGCAGCACAGGCAGCAUCAGCAGCAGCACAGGCAGCAUCAGCAGCAGCUGCAUCUCCCUCCGAAGCUGGAAUGGAAGUGGGAGUAGGACUGGGGAGAGAAGGAGAAGGCGGGGAGGAGGGAGCAGCAGCACUGGGAGGGGAAAGGGUAGGAGGAGUGUUUCAGGGAGGAAGGGAAGGGGGAGGAGGAGGAGGAGGAGAAGGGGUAGGGUCAGGAGCAGGGGAAUGGCCGCUAGACAGCCCUGCGUCCGCGCCAACCACCCCUGGGGACUUCAGGGGUGCGAGGCUGGCUGACGUGGAGCUGACGGUAGAUCCUGUGCUCCGGAGGGGGUCCGGGGGGGAUGCAAGAUUCAGAGAGCAAUUUCGGGAGGAGCUGGUCACUAUAGAGAGGGUGCUUAAAGGGAGGAAGCUGUGGAGGAGGAGGGGAGGAGAAGGGGCCAGGCGGGAGGGGAGUGGGGAUGGGGAGAUUGGUGGGAUCUCUUUUAGGGGUGGGAAUGCUGCUGCUGGUGCUGGUGCUGGUGCUGGUGCUGGUGCUGGUGCUGGUGCUGGUGCUGGUGCUGGUGCUGCUGCUGGUGCUGGUGCUGGUGCUGGUGCUGGUGCUGGUGCUGCUGCUGGUGCUGGUGCUGGUGCUGGUGCUGGUGCUGCUGCUAGCGUUGGUGCAGCAGCAGCUGUGGAUAGACAUGGGGAGGAAGGGAGUGUGCGAGGGGAUGUGGGGAUUUCGAGUGUAGAUGUGAGCGUGGAUGUGAGUGUGAGCGGGAGAGAGAGUGAAAGGGAGAGUGAGAGUGAAGGAAUGAGAAAAGAGAAACGGGCAGAUGAUCGAGCAAAGGAAGGGCUUGAGGCGAUGCAAAGCUCAGGCGUGCUUGAGAGUUCCGGCUCAGUAAAGGAAGGUGAACGGGAAAGGGAUGCUGUAGGAAGUGGCUCUACCAAAGGGGAGAAAGAUUUGCAUGCUGCUGUGGCUUGUAACGAGGAUGCUCCAAAGGAAACAGAGGCUGGAAGAAAAGAGGGAGAGGGUGCGAGUAAGGCUGAUGCUGCUGCAGACGCAGGGGAUAAGAAGACUGGAGAGGCAGAGCAAGGGGCGUGUGUGCAGUCGCCUGGAAAGACGAAGUUGCAAGAUGGAGAGGUGGGGGAUGGUGGAAAAAAGGCAAGCUUAGGAUUUGGUGAGGGGGGAGGGGAAAAGGUGGAGUGUGGAGUAAAGGAGGAGGAAAAAGUGAAGGGUAAGGGUUCGAAAACGAAAGUGGAGGAGGAAGAGGAGGAAGAAGAGGAGGAGGAGGAAGAGGAGGAAGAAGAGGAGGAGGAGGAAGAGGAGGAAGAGGAGGAAGAGGAGGAGGAGGAAGAAGAGGAGGAGGAGGAAGAAGAAGAGGAAGAAGAGGAGGAGGAAGAGGAAGAGGAGGAGGAAGAGGAGGAGGAAGAGGAGGAGGAAGAAGAGGAAGAGGAGGAAGAAGAGGAGGAGGAAGAAGAGGAAGAGGAGGAAGAGGAGGAGGAGGAAGAGGAGGAGGAGGAAGAGGAGGAGGAAGAAGAGGAAGAGGAGGAAGAAGAGGAAGAUGAGGAAGAGGAGGAGGAGGAGGAGGAAGAGGAGGAGGAAGGGAAGAAAGAGGUUACUGAAGCAGGCAAAGAGGGCACAGAGGGAAGCAAGAAAGCCACGGCACCGACUGAAAAGAACGGCACCUCUGGAGGCUCCAAGGCAGAGAGCAAAGAAACUACAGAGCAGUCAAAAGCCGUCGGAGCAGCACGAGCAAGCGGAGCACCAGCAGCGGCAGCAGCAAGCCAACAAAAAGAGCCCAAGAGCCCAUCCAAGUCAUCCAAGCCAUCCGAGCUACUGAGCCCUUCCAAGUCCUCAAAGCUGCUGAAAAUAGUUCCCCCCUCCCCUCCCGCCUCUCUAGCAGACCUGCAGGCGAACCUGCUGUCGCCGGCUGCCACUGCCGCUGCCGUGCAGGCGCAGAGGGAUGCAGCAGACGCUGCUGCGGCACUUGAUGCCAUUGCGAAUAAGACGCUCAAGGCCGCAAGGGAGGCUCAGGGCGAGGUGGGAGAGACAGAGGGAGAGGGGAUGCUGGCACAGAGGGAAGCAGCAGAAGCUGCAGAUGCACUGGAAGCCGUGGCGAAUAGGACGCUCAAGACAGCGAGGGAGGCACAGUCAAACGUGGGACAGGGAGGAGAGAUGGCGGGAGUGGGAGGGGGAGGAGAGCAGGCGGGGGUGGGGAUGGGAGCAGAGGUCGAGGUUGUAGCGGGCGGGCAGUCUCUGAUGGGCGAGACGGACGAGAAGGGUGGAAUGGGGAAGGAUGAUGGAGGGGAGGGGACGGGGAAGGCAGGAGUGGAAGAGGGCGAGGAGGGGUUAAAGCAGGCGAUAGAGGCGCACGGGGAGAGCCAGGAGGGGAAGCAAGAGCAGGAGGAGGAGGAGCAGCAGCAAGAGGCGGAGGGGGAGGGGAAUGAGGCGGAGGGGAGUGUGAAUGCACUGCGGCGGCCGUUCAACACGGCAGGGUUCCCGAUGCUGGGGCGCGUGCCGUGGGGGAGAGAGCUGCACUCGCUGGUGAUGGGCGGUGUGCCCAUGAAUCUAAGAGGAGAGGUGUGGCAGAUAUUCGUGGGCACUAAGGCGAGAAGGCGGGCGGGGCUGUACGACGCUCUUCUCGAGGAGGCUCAUAAGGAGGACGAGCACUGCCCCAACAGCAGCCUGGCUGACAUCUAUGCCCGCAUCCGCGCCAAGGACGUGCAGAACUCAUGGGCCGUGCAGAUUGAGAAGGACCUUCCUCGCACCUUCCCUGGCCACCCAGCGUUGGACUCUAUAGGUCGAGACUCGCUGCGCCGGCUGCUAACGGCGUAUGCGAGGAAGAACAAGGAAGUGGGGUACUGCCAGGGAAUGAACUUUCUAGGCGGUCUGCUGCUGCUCCUUAUGCCGGAGGAGAAUGCGUUCUGGACUCUCACAGGCAUCGUGGAUGACUACCUGAGGGGCUAUUACUCCGACAACAUGAUUGAGGCUCAGGUGGAUCAGCUUGUGUUUGAAGAACUCGUGAGGCAAAACUUUCCAAGACUCGCGACCCACUUCGAGAGCAUGAACGUGCAACUGUCGUGGAUAACAGGCCCCUGGUUCCUCUCCCUUUUCAUCAACGUCUUCCCCUGGGAAAGCGUGCUGCGAGUGUGGGACGUGAUGCUAUUUGAAGGCUCUCGCUGCAUGCUCUUCAGAGCGUGCCUGGCGCUUCUCGAGCAGCACUCCUUUCUUCUCAUGGAGCUGAAUGAGACGGGCGAGCUCAUGUCAACCCUCCAGAACGUAGCAGCGUCAGCCUUCGAUGCGAGCCAGCUGGUGCUGAAUGCGUGUGUGGGGUACAUGGGGGUCAACGAGACACUCUUGGAGGACCUCAGACAGAAGCACCGGCCAGCCAUCAUGAAGAGACUAGAAGAACGGCAGAUCGCCCUGCAGCGGUACCAGAGCGGCAAGUCGGAGCGCCUCAAGGCCGAAGCCGCGGCCAUCUUCGAGCGCAUGGCCCUCAACCCCGCCGCUGCCACCAACUCCAUUGACGACUCCAUCCUCCCCUCGCCUUCCUCCUCCACUUCUGGGGCUUCCCUGCUGCUAGACCCGCCCUCUCUCCUCCUGCCGGCCUCUUCUACUAACAGCCUCGUUACUAACAGCAAGAGCGGUAAAAAUCAUAACAGAAACAGUCAACUGCCCCCUCUAUUCACCCAAGGGAGACAGAAGGGGGCUGUUCAGGGUGCAUCCCAGGCAAUCCCAGCAGCCAAUCAGCUCUUGCCACCUGUCCACUUCAAGCCAGGCGCGAUAUUGUUCCCCCUCCCCCCCACUCCUCCGCUGUCCCGUUCCUCCUCCCUCUCAAGGCUCCACGUGUCAGCUCUCCAUAGGCCCAUCUGGCACCGCUUUGGCAUGCACUUAGGCUGCAGCCCUGCUGCUAGAAGCAUGGUGGCGCUCUUAGCUAAGCAAAUGGAGGAGGAGCGGACUCAGGCUCGGGUCCUGCCGAAGCUGUCGCUGCCGAACCGAGUGGCUCGCGCCGUGGCUGUGUUGCUGGAAGCAGCAGGUGUGGGUGCUGGAAAAGGGGGGAAGGAUGGUGAAACGUGGGGGGCAGAAGGCAAAGAUAGGAGGGGCGAGGGGGUGAAAGGUGGCUUGGUUAUGGGCAUAGAUGGGUCCUGGGUUGAGGCAAGUUGGGCUGGUAUCCACGGGGAGUUGAGAGGUGGAGGUGGGGGAGGAGGAGAAAAGAGAGAAGAUUGGGGAGAGGGAGGAGUGGUGCAAGAGGGAGGGGAGGCUGAUAGUGCAGCGAGCAGGCUGGCAGUGAAGUCCUUCUCCUCUCACUCCCCCUCACAGUCACUCCCCCUUUGGCCCGACCACCGCCGGUCGUCCUCCUCGCAUGACCUCGCUGCUCUGAACCGCGGCCCCGCUUCCCCUGACCUCCUCCUGAUAAACGGCUGCGCUGCUGCUGCUGAUGCUCAUGCUGGCUGCUCAGACGACACUGCAGCAGCGGCAGCAGCAGGAGAAGGAGUGGGGGCAAGUCCGACAGGAGCAGGAGCAGAGGGAGCAGUGGCAGCACCCAUGCCGUCUGCGGCGUCGUGGCCGAGCUCUCUCUCCUGGUCCGGGUGGGGGCAGCGGGGCUCGCUCUUUGGCGGGGGGAGCUCUUCUGCUGGUGCAGCUGCUGCUGCGGGAGGGAAGGGAGAGGGGGAGGUGGGAGGAGGGGCAGGGGAGGUGGAUUUGGGAGGAGUGCAGGAUGGUGGAGAGCGGUUGAAGAGGGAUAUGGCUGCCAUGCUGGAUCUACAAGCACAGGUCGCAUGGCUCAAGGAGCAGCUGGUCUUAACUCUAGAGAGCCACCACGAGUCGCAACAGCGGGUGGAGGCCCUUCAAACAGCCAUGGUGGAAAUGGCUCAGAGAGACACUCACAUGCAACUGACUGUCAAGGUGGAGCAAUUGACCAAUGAGGUGGCGGUGCUUCAACGGGAGUUGUCUCAGCAGCAGCAGCGGGCAGCGGUGGUUCUUGAGCAAGCCGUGAUGGACAAGCAGAUUGAGAUGCAGAAGGAGCUGAACGCGCUGCUGAGGGCGCUGGCGUCGAAGGAGGAGAAGAUGAGGCGGGAGGUGGAGGGGCUGCAGGAUAGGGUGGAGGAGAGGGAUAUGGAAAUUGAAAGACUAAAGCGGGUGAUUGGUCGCAUGGAGAGCGAGAGGAAGGACCAGGAGGAGAUGAUAGCAGUGGGCAAGCAGCAGGUGGACACACACAAGCGCGUCAUCGAGAUGCUCGUGGAGAAGAGCAAGGCCAUGCAGCAGCAGAUGGUGGACAUGGAGAAGAGGGCGCUCACAGCAGAAGGGAUGGCUCGUGCCUUUCUGGAGAUCUCAGGAGCAGAGAAGGGGUACACCACGUUUGGGUCGGCAGUGGGGCUUGAGUCCAGCUACCUGCCCUCUGGUGCUGACCUUGAGGCACUGACCCACUCCCCCCUCCCAUCACCAUCCUCGUUAGCAGCGUCUUCAUUAUCAUCAGUAGCAUCUUCGACAAGUACAGUCCAUUCAUCAGCAGGUGUGGAAGAGAGGGGCAGUAGACCUGCUGUGCCAAACACUACUGUUACACUUAGUGUACAGAAAAGUUAGUGGAAUAGGCAUUGCUUAUUGCUAAAAUGGCCAUGGUGCAACUGCCGGAUCGCUUAUCAUAAAUGCUAACAUAUUUA